AUGUCGGCAUUGAGGCCAGGACCUUUCAAAGAUAGUAUAUGCAGGAAACGACCGAGGGUCGAGGAGAUGAAGCAGGCGUACAAGAAGGACAACCAGGAGGCAAGAGAGAAGUCGGAGGGGAAGACACCGGAGGGCCAAACAGCAAGGCCAGGGGGUUUCAGGCCGAGAGAGCCUCCUCGGGGAUCCAGAUUUCAACAAUAUACCCCCCUAAACGCCCCACUCGCGCACAUACUACAGGAAGCUCUGAGUUGUGUUACUCUGCGGGACAAAAUUGAGGAGUUAGUCAGGGCCGGACAUUUAAAGCAAUACAUCAAAAUUGCCCACACCGAAUGGCCCCAAGAGCGACCAAGGAGUCCCAUCAGGAGAAAAGACGAAGACCGAGGCAAAAGUCGUCGGCCCUGGUAUCCAGAGAAUCGGUUGGGGCACGAGAGGCGGCGAAGUAGGAGUUGUAGCCACAGUCAUGACCGUCCAAUCAGAGGACGAAUUAACACCAUAUCUGGAGGUUUCGCCGAAGGGGGAUCGUCCUCGUCAGCACGUAAACGCCAUCUCAGGGUGUUGCGUUCUGUGAACAAUGUACAACCCAUCAAGAGGUCGAUGCCUCCUAUAACGUUUACCGAUGAAGAUUUUCACGCGCCGAACCCGGAGCAGGAUGAUCCUAUGGUGAUCACUGCGGAGAUCGUUCGGUACGAGAUCGGAAAGGUCUUAAUCGAUCAAGGCAGCUUUGCUAACAUCCUUUAUUGGAAAACGUUCCAACAAAUAGAUUUGUCAGUGGAUUUGAUCGUACCCUUUCAUGAGCAGAUAGUAGGUUUCGCCGGUGAGAGGGUGGACACUCGUGGGUAUGUGGACUUGCGCACGCGGUUAGGCAUCGGGAGGGAUGGAGACGAGAGAUAG